CUGAAGAGUUGCUACCAAUCCAUGACUUUUCCGCUAUGGCGGAGCACUUGUUGGAUGCAGUGCCCAGACAUCUGCGCUUCAAUCGCGGUGGCAGCAACACCCGAAAUUUGUUGCUGCGCAAUAUCUCCAAAGGUGAGCUCCCCUUGCGCAUUAGCAACCCGCAGCCGCCCUUCUCUCUGCAGAUUGGUGCUGAACACGUGGGCGAGGUGACCUUGGCGCCGGGCGCCACAUUGGCCUUUCGUAUUGGCGCGGAUCUGUUUGUCGUGGAGCCGGAGCUGCUGUGCCAGUUCUUCACCGUAAACAUCGAGUGCUCGCCUCCUUUGCUCAUCGACCUGGUCCUCGCCUCCGACACCGCCAGUGAGGACGAGGUGCAACGCUGCGUGGCCGCUGCGCGGCCCGAGGUCACGGUCACUGCGGCCCCAGCCCCGGCCCCAGUGCCUGCAGCAGUGCCAGCCUCGGCGCAGGUGGAGGCCCAACGGCCGGUGCCAGCGGCGCUUACGGAGUUUCUUGGGGAAGAGCCCAGUGCCGCCGCGCUGAGGGGCCCCCUGCGGUACAUCGCUGCCACCGAGGGCGUGUCGCCACCCGACACCCCCGAGGGUUCGCGUGAUGAGGUGCCAAACUUUGAUGAUCGACCGCCCACACCGAGCCCCGAGGGAGCUGCAGAGAUGGAUGUGGCGAAGCCACCACAGCCACCACAGCCACCACCGCCAGCACCACGGCCGGUGCCAGUCGAGGUGUUGCCAGUGCCAACGGUGUCGCCCAUGGAGCCAGUGGAACCUCUGGCAGCUGUAGCAGCUCCAGAGCUCAGUGCACCAGCACCUCAACAGGCUGCCAGCUGUCAGAUGCCCCAUGCAGCAAGCUUUGAACAUGUAUCCAGCAAGUUGAGUCCAGCUGAAGCCACACGCAUCGCUGCCUUGAGGGCCAAGGGGCUCUUGAAACCUGACGCGCCGGUGAGCGAAGUGCCAACGACUGUGCCGCCACCGAAGCCGGAAGGUUUUGAAGACCAUGAUCUCUUCUACGUUGAAGGCAGUGGUUGGUGCGACAUCUACGGCCGCACCGUGGACAGCCUGGUCUUCGGCAGCACCAGCGUAGCCGACGCCAGCAGCCCGGCCAAGAGCAGCCGCUCCGCGCGCAGCUCCUCGACAUCACCGGCGAGGCCCAUCGGCCAGUCGCGUAGCAAAGCUGAACAGCAAGCAGCCUGGGAUGCGAUUCCCGGAAUUUGAGGACGAUGUGCUGCGAAUGAAA